ACACUUUUUGUUGUGUCACACUAUUCUCACGAGCAGAUUGACAAAGCAGUGGGGAGAUUGUUUUCUCAACAUAAGCAAAACUUUCAGAAGAUUUAUGUUGCAGUGUAACAAGUAAUUUAACAAAAUUAUUAGAGUUUUUAGAUAACAUUUUCCAAUAGUUUCCCCACUUUGAGGCUCUGCUUUGUUUCACUUCUCUGCAUUUCAGUAUGCAUUGUUGUUGAUGUGGUUUAUUUCAUUACCUCUUCAUAAAUGUAAUUUAUUUCAUUUUUAUAUAUACAUAUGGUUUCUCUCUGUCAGAGUUUUGCUAAGCGCACCAUAAAAACCUUAAAAACCUAAAAACUAGCCUGAGAAAAGUUUGAGGGGUUGAAGAUGUAACGAUUUGAUGAGCUUCGAGUAACAACUGAAAUUCACGGGAUCUCUGAAAGCUUCCGUUUGACGUCGUCGUCGCACAUGCGCAGAUAAUAUCCAGGUGUUACACGACGUCUCUGGUGGUCGACCAGAAUUGAUGGAACCCAAAAAGUUUUCCCUUUGUACUUUUUGUGUUAGUUUAAAUAAUUAAACACCUUUGUUUUCUUAUAUUUUUAUGGGCAGACCCAACAUUUCUUCAUUAAGAGAUGUUCAGGAGUGAGUAAUUUAAUCUGGAUUUGAGACUUGAAAAUCUGAUUGCUUUUGACCAAUCAACUAUAAUUUCUUUCUGCUACAAGGACUGUCAACUGAUGUCAAAUAAAAAAUAUCCGACUACAUGUUAGUAAAGUACCUGCAUCUAAAUUAAAUAAUUAUCAGCUUCAAGGACAAACACACCCACAUUCACAAAGCAAAGCUCAAAUUAGUACACUGUUUGUUUUCUUCAUUUAGCUUUGAAAGUUACUAAUGUUUUAAUCACUGCGAUUAGUUUAUUAUUACCAAAAACUACACAUUUAAAGGUCAAAUACGUUAAAGCCUUUUAAAAUCUAACAUGUACAAAAAAACUGUUUUCUGGAACAUUCUUUACUGAUGUGACCUUCAAAAAUAGUUGCAUAAUUUUACAAAACUUUUAUGUUUUACGUUUGAUUUUAAAAACUGAAUGAUAAAUAAUGCUUUGCCUCAUUCUUAAGGUUUUACCACUUAGUUUUGUUGCUGCAGAAAUCACUAGAAAUGCUGAAAAAUUUUUAUGUACCAUGUGCCAUAGUUUAUUUUAAAAAUAUUGCCCAUUUGGCCUCCAUUUACUAAUCAUUCCAUAACUUUAUAUUUGUUUGAUAAUGUGAUUUUUUUUUGAGAAAUAAAACGUAAAAAGUGCUGAAAUAAAGGUCCCUUCAAAUCUUGAAUAAAGUGGUAUUUAUUUUGAUCACCUAACCUCUUGUAUCUGAAAUACAUCGCUCACCGCCAUAUAAAAUGGAAGCCAGAUAAAAAAAAAAUAUUAAAACCUACUGUGUAACCUGAUAGAUAUCAAGUGACAGUGGACAUAUUUUAUUGUUAUGUACAUAAGGUGCCAGGGUUUUUUAUUCAGAGAUAGCAAAACUUACGAGAUGUCUUGAUCAGAUAACCUGCUCAUGCUUUAAUCCUUUUGUUCUUUACAGAAAUAGGUCAUUACCUGAUUGUAGGUACGCACUGAAUUGCCCCUUCCAGAGGUCAUGUGACUCCCGAUACAAAGGGGGCCAGUCUUCAUCAGACUUAUCACACUGUGUUCAGAAGGAAGAAUUAUUUCAAAACAAAAUCACACCAUUGAUAGUAAUGAGAUAAGAUGUGGGGAUAAUUAACUGUGUAUUUAGUGAAAUCCCCCUGCCCUCAUCCAUUGGCUGCUGGUGGGGGGAGGAGGUGGUGGCUCAUAAACUGAGAGAGACUUUGCUGAUGUGUUGUUCCAGGGGCCGACGUAUAAAAGGCGCUGAUAGGUGUUGUCACCUCAGGAUGACAUUAGGUGGUUCAACAAUGUGGAUGCUCUUCUUUGUGAGUGCCUUAUUGGGGGUGCUGGGGACGGAGGAAGCGCCCUCUGGAGCAGCUCAGCAGCUUCAGACUCUCCACUGCCCGCCCUGCGAGCAAAUACACUGCUCCACCCGGCGGGCGCUGAAGCUCCAGUGCAAAGGUGGUGUGUCCACAGAUGUCUGUGGCUGCUGCCCCGUCUGUGCCAGAGUAGAGGGCGAGACCUGCGGAGGAACAUGGGACUAUCUGGGCAAGUGUGAUGAAGGCCUGGUGUGUGUUUACCAGGACUCAGCAGCCGACAAACCUGACGCAGAGCGCAAUGGGAUCUGUGAAGCAGUGAUUGAAAGCUCGGAACCGGAGAGCUGUCACCCUGAAUGCACCAAGGAAUACUGUCAGUCCAACCCCCUGGAAAUCUGCUCCGCCAGCUCUGCGUCCCUGGAGAAGAGAGCGUGCCAGGGCUCCUGCCAGCACACCUCCUGUUCAAGCUGUCUGCUGGUGAAACCCCCAUCGUGCCCUCAGACCUGCACCGGCUCUGAUUCCUCCUGUCUUCGCCACUUUGGAAAGUGUGUGCACAAUCACCUGACGGCAGCUCACAGUCCUGUAUGCCACAACAACCUACAGAAUAAUUACGAGGGGCAUUUGCUGUGUUUUGUCCCAGCCUGUCCAAAAGCAUCGAAGUAAUUCCUGAUGCAAACUCAGAGAAGAAACCCAGAAGAAAAUUAGCUGAUGUAGCAAAAUGGAAAAAGGCAGCUAUCUAUAAACUUUGUGCGUAACUUGAAAAUUCUUCAGCCAGCAAUCAUAUUUUGUAUGUAAACUGGAAUAAAAAAAC